AACAGUGAGGGUGAAAUGGUAUCACCACUGUAUGUUGGACAUCGAUUCGGCGCAUGAUUUAGAGAAAUUUUCACACAAAAGUGAUCCGAGUAGUGUUCUAUUACGUGUUUCGUUAAUUUUGUGAGAUUAGUUUUUCGGUAAUAAAGGAAAAAAAAGAAGAAAAAGAUAUAAAGAAAGAAAAAAAUCAAAGGACUAACCUGUCCUUUCUUCGAAAAAAAAACAAAAAAAAGACAUCACAAUGCAAAACUACGGCCACGAGGAUUAUAAUUAUGGGGCAGAAGGUGAACCAAACACGGGAGUUGGUCGAAAUCUUCCAAUGGCACCAGGAGCAAGACCAAUGGUUGAUCCACAGGCCCAAGGUGAAGUCGAUCCAAAUCUCUAUCCCGAGCCAAAGGAGGCGACACAUAAAAUUCGUGGCAAAACCGAUGUUCUCGAAUAUCUUUUUGGCUCAGUAGAUCAAGAAAUGCUUAUCGUCAAGACAUUUUAUUUCUUUUUCUAUUCGGCCUUUGGAUCAUUAUUUCCACUUAUGGGGGUCUACUUCAAGCAAAUGGGAAUGAACGCAGGUCAAUGUGGAUUACUCGUUGGUCUUAGGCCAUUCAUCGAAUUUUUCAGCGCACCCUUUUGGGGAUCUCUCGCUGACAGGUAUCAAAAGGGCAAAUUGAUGCUGCUAGCUUCUCUGUCCUGUUGGAUCAUCUUCACAUUGCCUUUGGGAUUCAUUCAACCACCUGUAACAACUUGUAUGCUUGAAAAAAAUUUUACAUUUGUAUUAGCAGCACCCACAAAUUUGAAGGGACCAAGAAUCGUUAAAAGAUCUAUUGAUAAUAAAUAUUCAACAGCCACUGAUUCGGAUUACUUGGAAAUUGCAGCAAACGUGGUCUUUGAGAGGUUACGACGCAAUGUGGACGAUUUCUUCGUUGUUAAUCACUCAUUACCUAUUGCGGCUAUUACAGAUGCAAUGAAACAAAAUGAUACUUCGCACAGGAUUGAUAUCGAUGCGAUUGUUCGAAAGAAUAGACCUGCAGAUGUUUUAGAGUAUAAACGCUUCUUGAAAAACGAACCUCUAAAUGAUGGAAGACCACCGAAAAAGGCUUAUAGUCGACCAUUAAAAACACGAGUGAAACCUCCACCACAAAAAAUAAUGGUAAAACGUAAUAUUGAUAAUUUACACUUUGCAAAAGAUUUCGAAUCCAGUAUUCAAGAUUCAGAAUCAAAGGAAAUUUAUCCACGAAAAUUGAAGUAUUUAAGAGCUGAACAAAUUGAUGAUGAUGACGAUGAUGAAGAGGCGGAGGAAGAAGAAGAUGAAGAAGAGGAGGAGGAGGAAGAGGAAAUAGAAAAACUUGAGGACGAGGAAGAUAAUGAUGUCGAUACUGAUGAAAUUGAAGCAUUUGAAGACGAGUCUGAAGCAGAAGAUGAUAUGGAGGAUAAGGAUAAACAUGAAAAUAGACGUUAUGUAAGAAAACGUCGUGGUGUUAAUAUUUAUCCUCGAGCUUCCGCGGGUCAAAGUCCUAUAUCUGUCAACUAUGCCAGUAACUAUGAUUAUGAGAAGCAUAAAAAUUUAGUUAAACCUUAUUUCAGUUUCAUCGUCUACAAUUUGUCUGAUAUUCAAAAAACCUUUUUUCUUCUCUUACUAUUGGUGAUUGUUGGUGAAUUUUUUGCUGCUCCUGCAAUUACUUUGGCUGAUUCUGCUGUAAUUACUCUUCUUGGUGAAGAUGCUGACAGAUAUGGACAUCAACGUAUGUUUGGAAGUUUAGGUUGGGGUUUGGCUAUGUUUUUCGUUGGAAUUGCCCUCGAUCAUAGUACAGCAUUUCCAGAUCAUCCCUGUGGUCCAGAUGCAAGAGAGAAAAAUUACACAAUUUGUUUUGCUAUUUUCAGUGUACUAAUGGGUGGUGCUUUAAUUACUGCCACGCAAAUUAAUUUCAAAUAUGACUUCAUCGCCUCUGAGCCGGAAGUCUCCAAGCCACCUGCUGAAUUAACUAGAGAGGAAGAACUUCAAAAUCAAUUGUCACAGCAAUUGAAUUUACCUGGCUUGCAGGAUUCAUCGUCAAGUGCAUUACCACCUCAACCACCACCGGCAGAAAAGACCAGUAAAAUAUUCGCUCAAACAACGAGGGAAAUACCUGAAUGGGUGACUGUGAUAAAACAGUUCAAGGACAUUAAAUGUGCAUCAUUUCUUUUUGUUGCUUGGUUUAUGGGCUUUGGCAUUGGACUUAUUUUCACUUUUCUUUUUUGGCAUCUUCAAGAUUAUGGAGGUUCACCAACACUUUUUGGUGUUGCUUCCGUUAUUAAUCAUAUUUCCGAAAUUUUCGCUUAUUUCUUCAGCUUUCGACUCAUUCGUCAAAUGGGUCAUGUCAAGGUAUUGUGCCUUGGUCUCGGAGGAAAUGUACUGCGUUUCCUUUAUAUUUCCGCUUUAAGAAAUCCAUGGUGGGUGUUGCCUUUUGAAUUCAUUCAAGGAAUAACUCACGCUGCCGUUUGGGCUGCUUGCUGCAGUUACAUAGCUCACAAUACACCACCACAAUUACGUUCUAGCGCACAAGGUGUCUUGCAGGGUCUUCACCAUGGUCUUGGACGUGGUUGCGGAGCUAUUAUCGGUGGAAUGCUAGUCGCUAGUUAUGGUACAACAACGGUGUUUCGAGCUUAUGGUUUUGUUUGUCUAUUGGUGUUGGGUGGAUUUAUUUUCAUUAAUUUCUAUCGUGUCGACACUGGAUUUGUUUCCGAUUUGCCACCAACAGAAGAUCCCCAUCAAGUUGCCGAAGCAACUCAUUUGGCUCCACAUGGCGUGCCAAGUAAUGCAAUUCCACGUGCUUUAAGUUCAAGUCGUCUUCACGAAUUAGCCAAUCAAGAUCCCGGUUAUGGUGCAACUUAUCAAACAAGUGGUGGUAAUUUAGGUGUACCCGGUAACAAUGGAGGUUCUGUCAAUCCCAAUAAUCCAUUCUUAAAUGGUGGUGGGGGAGGAGGUGGAGGCGGCGGUUACAACUACAGUAUCUCAGGCAAAGGAGAGGAUGAAUUUAUUCGUAGGAGCUUCCAGAUAUACAGUGAAGUAGUGGGAACAGAAUUCGAAAUUUCCAAACCACCACCGGUAGAAACUCAUCUUCACGCUCAACAACCAUGUACCAAUCCCUUCCAUCAACACAACUAUGACUGGUAACAACUCACAUAGCAAAAAACCCCCUUGUUUACAAUUACGUAAUUACAGGAAAAAAAAAAUGAUCGAGAUAUAGAGAAAUAGCGUGUGGACCGUAAGUGCUACAAAAAAAAAUGCUGUGUAUGAAUGUGUAUCAUCAGCACUUGCAAAUGUGUAUACGUAGAAGGAUGUGAAAAAAAUUAUUUCACAAUUUUAUCAUGAUUCAUACAUUUAUUACAAGGGUGAGUAAUAAUCUCAACUUUUUUAUUAUUCUUAUUGAGUCAAAAGCAACGAAUUUAUCGAUCAAUUUGUUAUUUUGAUUCAAAGAAAUAUCUUCACAAAGAAAAUAAUUAACUUUCAAUUAAAUUCUCCCUUUAAAAAAAUUAAUAAUAUUCUUAUUGUAUAAUGAUAAUAACAAUCUGAUAAGUAAUGAAAAUUAAUGAAAAAAAAACGAUAAGAUAUCAUAUUAACAUAAAACAAAAAAUAUUAAAAAUGAAAAAAGAAUACAAUACAAUUAACUAAGGGAGAAUAAUAAAUAAUAAAAAGUAAAAACACAAUGAAACGUAAAUAAACGUGAAAAUAUAAAAUAAUAACAAUAACAAUAAACAUUUUACAAAUGAAAAUCAAGUUAUUUAAAUUGAGUUUUGAAAAAUCGCAGUUUAAAAAAACUUAAGUUAAUAGGAUUUUAAAAGGAAACUGAGAAAUAUGAAAUAAAUUUUUUAUAGACAAAGAAAUAAAUUUUAUUUCUUCAAAUAUGUAUAUAAAUAUAUCAAUAAUAUGCUUUAAUAUUACAUAUCAGUUCUUUUUUUUUUUUUUUUUUUGUUAAAUCAUGAAAAUCAUUUUUAAAAUGGAAUGAAAGAUAAAUAAAUAAAUUGAAAAUAUGACAAGAGAAUAAUUAUUAUAUAGAAAUAUGAAAAUAAUAUUUAUUUGACUUACACAUUUUAAAACAGAAAAACAAUAUAGAAAAAAUAUUUAAAUACCUUAGUUGCACUGGAGAUUCUUUAUCUAAUAAAAUCACAUGUUUAUCGAUUAUACAUUUAUUUAAUUAUUUAAAUUAAUUUUAAAAUCGAAUCAAAUUAAUUUUCCAUACCUUUGUUAGUUUUUUAAACAAAAAAUGAUUGUCUAUCAAAUUUUAAUUUUAAUUCAUUAUAAAUAUUUGUAAUUUUCAUAAUGAAAGUGGGGAAAAACCCUCAUUUUUGUCGUUGGAUGAUUAGUUAAUUAGUAAAAUAAAUUUUUAAUUUUUAGAUUAUAAACACUCACUAGGAUUAAAAUAAUUCUUAUAGGGACCUAUUUUCUCGAAUCUAGUCAAUGUUGCUAAAAAAAUCACCCUUCAUGCAUAUCCCGCAUAUAACAGCGAUGUUGUAUAUAUAAAAUAGCAGUAUUAGUGUAACGCUAUCGUUCAAAAUCACACUAUUUUCAUUAUCAUGAAAUUUCGAAUCUACUAACAUUAUAGAUUGUUGAUCUUACUUAUAGAUUUAGCAAAAAAAAAAAGGACACGCAUUUUUGAACAAAAAUUUAAAUGAUUUUAGAGGAAUUGUAAACACUAUAAUAAUUAAGAAACGAACAUUUUUUUUCGACAAUACUUACACUUAUCGGCAAAUAACUCUUACGAAAAAAAUAUAAUUAAUAGAAUUAAAAUUACGAUUUUUUUUACAUCUAAUUCGAAAGAUAAAAUAAAAUAAAAUAUAUUUGAAAUAGAAAAAUAAUCUCGAUUCAAAUAGAAUUAACAAAUUAUUUAUUUAAAAUAAUAAUAUAUGUUAAAAUAAAUAUAUUUAUAAUAUAAAAGUAAAUAAAAAAUUAUGUAAAUCGAAUAUAUAUUUUUUCGUAAGAGAACACAAGAUCUUUUGGAGUUACACAUAUAUCAGAAAUCUCUGCCAAAAAAAAAUAAAAAUGAUUUUAUAUCCAGUUAUUAGUUUUAAAAAGAUUUUAUGUAAAAGUUUGUAAAGUGAAGAAUAUUUAGUAAUAUAUAUUAUAUAGCUAUUAUAUACACAUAAAGCCUGAAAAACUUUUAGAAAAUGUUUACCAUAUUAUAGUUUAAGACGUUUGCUUUUUAUAAAACGCGAAUUACUUACAGCGAAAUGUGACGUUUGAAAGAUCUUGGAAUUUGAUCGUUUAGAAAAUUUUAAUUUAAUCUCUGCCUCUAUCUCUCUCUUUUUCUCUGCCUAAUGAAAAAUAAUACAUAUACAUAUAAUUACUAUUGUAAUAAAUUAUAUACGUAUGAAUGUAUGUAUGUAUAUAUAUAAUGCACUUUCCAAUUAUUUGGAAAAGAAAGAACAUGUUAUGAAUGCUAAUUUUUAAAUGAGGAAAGAAAUGCGUGAUUUCUUGACAGGAAAAUAUAAUUAAUAUUAUGAUAUUAAAAAAGAAUGAAAAUCAGAAUACUGGAAUGAAUCUAAUGAUAGUAAAAUGCUUCUAUGUAAAUAUUAUUAUCUAAUUUAAUGAGGCUCUUGCUUUACAGAUCGUUCGUUUUUCGCGUAGAAAAUUCUAUUAUAAAGUAUUAGAGAGCAACGUAUUAUUAAAAAUUAUAUGCAAAAAAAAAA